GCAGUCUACCUAUUCUAUUUUAUUUUCCUUCUCUGGCAAUCGGUUGUAAUUUUUAUGACCACUUGUGACAGUGUCAUGUACAAGAGAAUGGUACUGGAGAAGUAGAUAUCCAGCAAAUUUUCAGUGGAUACCCUCUUCAGUAAACACGAAGUGACCUCAGAUCUGUAGUACAAGGAAUGCAUGAAUGAAUAUUUCUAGUUUAGCAGUCUGACUGUAAUAGUGAACUGCCUCAGCAUGGUUAUGAUAUAACAGAAAAUUACAGCUAAACAAGUCUAAGUAUAUUCCAGUAGUGUCCACCGUGCAUGUCAGACAAAAUAUGGCUACGGACAAUACACAAGGUGAGAAUUUACAUGUCUCGCACGACACCGAACAACAGAUGACUCCAUACCGUAAAGAGCGUCCAGGCUGCAACACAGUUAUGAAUACCACACAGGAACCGGUGACUGAACAAGGAGGGACCAUAUUUGAAACUGCUGGACCUUCCAAACCUAAUUCUGAACGAGUUCUGUAUAAUAAGGAUGAGGAUAAAGUUUAUUCAUGUGUGGUAUGCAGUAAGACAUUCGAGACCUACAAUACACUGAAAUACCAUAUGACAGUCCAUCCUGAACAGGAAAUAUUUUUGUCUAAUAAAAAGCUAUACAGUUGUGAUGUAUGUAAUAAAUGUUUUAAAAUAAAAUUAACACUGCAACGGCAUAUGUUGAUACAUACUGGUGAGAAGCCAUAUAGUUGUGAUGUAUGUAGUAAAUGUUUUAACCAAAAAUCAACAUUGCAACGGCAUUUGAUUAUACAUACUGGUGAGAAGCCAUAUAGUUGUGAUGUAUCUAAUAAAUGUUUUUCACAAAAAGGAAAUUUUACUCGACAUUAUUUGAUACAUACUGGUGAUAAGCCAUAUAGUUCCGAUGUAUAAUAAAGGGUUUAAUCAAACGCUAGUUUAACACAACAUUUGUUGAUACAUACUGGUGAUAAACCAUAUAAUUGUAAUGUAGGUAAGUCUUACACUGUAUACAGAAAUGUUUUCGCAGAAAGUUUAAUUUAACAUAGCAUUUAUUGAAACAUAAUGAUAACAAGCCAUGUUAAAUGUAAUUAUUCAUAAAUAUAACAAUUCAUGUAAAUGUAAGUAUCUAUAAGACAAAAGUUCAGAGGUACAAACAGCGACACCUUAAAAUAGAAUAGCGAAGCAAUACAUGUCAUCGUACAGAAUAUGUAGACGUGUGUAUAACGUUACAAAGUUUUGAUCAGUUAAUUAUUAUAUAAUAUGAAACUAAAGAAUUUGAGUAGAAAAGACGUAACUACCCCUUUUGGACUUUUUAACUUAAUGAUGUUAUUUUGUUCAAAAUUGAACAGU